AUGACGGCCUUGGCCCAUUACCUGAACGAUCUUCAACUGCCAGAACUUCGUCUCACAUGCCGCAAGCUCUCUCGAACAUGGCUGCCCAUCGACUGGGUGGACAUUUAUCACAAGUUUCAGUUCACACCUUGUGAGUUGUCGGAUGGGAAGGUUGAGGUCAACGUGGUGAAGGUGAUUCCUGGGUCCUCUGCGAAGGGGAGAAACAGUCGGUUCAACACCGUCAUUCUGCUUGACAAUGACGAGGCGGAAUCAACUGGUGUCAGAGGCACGAGGGCAGCCAGAGUCAAGGUGGUCUUCAAAUUACCCCAGACUCUACCAGUAUUGCACGGAGGUGGCGGCACGCCCGCAUGGUGGCCGCAAGAGCCCCUCGCAUACGUGGAAUGGUAUGCUCGAUUUUCCCGGGCCCCGGAUCCUACGUGGCACCUCAUGUACUCCGUGAGCAAGCCACCUCCAAGAACUGAUGGUAUGCCUCAAGGGAAAAUCAUCCCUUUAUCUCAAAGUCAUCAGUCCUGUCAGCUCAUCCCUACGUUUCCCGUUGGGUCCCAAAGUAUUGUUCCGGGAGACUGGACCUCUGACAAUGUAUUGGACAAGGCCAAUAGCUUUCACCUUAAUAAUUGGGGCAGUAUGUAUGCGUACCAGACAGUAUGGUAG